GAGCAACACAUAGAAACUCAGAUUCAUUCUUGUGAAAAAACUGAACUCGGAUUCAAUUCAAUUUAAAUUUGUUGAAUCUAAUCGAAAUCUUUGUUUUUUGGGUUUUCUUUAUUUCGUUUGAUUUGUUUGUAAACAAGUGGAAGAGAUAAGGAUGCAAACCAAUGGUUCUGAAUCGCAGCCGCAAAAACUGCAGGAGCAGGGUCAACGGCAGCAGCAGCAGCCACAGACGCAGUGGGUGGCGAUGCAGUAUCCGGCGGCGGCGAUGGUAAUGCAGCACCAGAUGAUUCCACCUCAGCAUUUCGUUCCUCCACCACCUCAGCACUACAUGCCUUACCCGCAGUACCAGCACCAUCCCGGCCUCCACGUGCAACAUCCUCAGCCGCAGCAGCAGCAGCAGCAGCAGCAGCAGUCUCAGGGAUCUAGCAGCGAGAAUAAGACAAUCUGGGUUGGGGACUUGCAUCACUGGAUGGACGAGAACUAUCUCCAUGGCUGCUUUGCUUCCACCGGAGAGAUUGUGUCCCUUAAGGUUAUUCGCAAUAAGCACACUGGUUUAUCAGAAGGCUAUGGUUUUGUGGAGUUUUUUACACAUGCAACGGCUGAAAAAGUUCUGCAGAACUAUGGUGGCAUUUUGAUGCCUAAUACAGACCAACCCUUUCGUCUUAAUUGGGCAACUUUUAGCACAGGAGAAAAGCGUUCAGAAAAUGGUCCUGAUCUUUCCAUCUUUGUAGGAGAUUUAGCAGCAGAUGUUACUGAUAGCUUGUUGCAUGAAACUUUUGCCAGUAAAUAUACUUCUGUUAAAGCUGCAAAAGUUGUAAUUGAUGCCAAUACCGGUCGAUCAAAAGGCUAUGGUUUUGUGAGGUUUGGAGAUGAUAAUGAAAGGACACAGGCCAUGACAGAAAUGAAUGGUGUAGUUUGUUUGAGCAGGCCUAUGCGCAUUGGUCCUGCAACACCCAGGAAGUCAUCUGGAUAUCAACAAGGUGGAUAUAUGUCAAAUGGUGGUUCAGCUCAACCUGAUGCAGUUUCUUCAAACACUACAAUAUUUGUUGGAGGGCUUGAUCCUAAUGUUACUGAUGAAGAGCUGAGGCAAUCUUUCUCUCAAUAUGGUGAAAUAGUCUCUAUUAAAAUACCUACCGGAAAAGGAUGUGGAUUUGUACAAUUCGCGAACAGGAAAAAUGCUGAGGAGGCAUUAGAGAAGUUGAAUGGUGCAGUAAUUGGUAAGCAGACAGUACGUCUUUCUUGGGGUCGCAAUCCUGCAAAUAAGCAGUUUAGAGCUGAUUUUGGAAACCAGUGGGGCGGACCUUACUAUGGAGGGCAGGUCUAUGAUGGUUACGGGUAUGCAUUACCACAGCCUCACGACCCAAGCAUGUAUGCCGCUGCUGCUGCAGGGUACGGGGCUUACCCUAUCUAUGGCAGCCACCAAAAGCAAGUAAGCUGAUCUAAUGGAAGGAGGAUCUAGUAGCUCGAGUAACCCACACUAGAGGAGGCAAAUCUGCCUUGCUUGUCGCUGCAUAGCUCACUUGGGUUGUGUAGAAUUGUUAUAAAUCCCUCGUACUGUGGAGUGGAACUGAAUUUUGACUACUGAAGUAAUCUCUAGGGAGAUUGGAUUCAUUAUUUGUUUAAUUUAUUAGGAUUAUAAGGGAACUAGACCUUAGUCCACACUAUCUGCAGUUUUAUCUUUAUUUUUUAAAUAUUUUUAAUAAUUAUAAAUUUUUAUAGUAAUA